AUGAAGAAUAAACAGAAAUCGUAUACCGACCUGCCCAAUAAGGAAGUCCACCUUGAGCAGACGUUCCGACGUGGUUUCAGAGAUCGGACAACUGGUGCCACCAGCCCGUUAUUAAAAUGUCCUAAAGCUGAGAGUGCCUCCUUGCCUGGUGGUGGCUUGUCUUGCAACUAUUUAUACAUGAUUAUGUGGCCAAUGUGGAAGGCUUAUCUGUACAUUUUUCUUGCGCGUCUAUUUUACAACGGCACACUCUAUGUUUUUCUCGUCUUACAAUUCCUUAUCAGUAUCCAUUUUUGCGGCUUUAACGGCACGCUUGCCUUUUGCAACUUCAUUGCUUUCAGGGAGCUAAUCCUAAACAUCUCUAGCAACACCGCGACACGGGUCUUUUCAUGCGCUGCACAGGUUCAUCAACUAACCAAUGACUUCACGUUCGUGAGGGGGCUAUUAGUGCUGUAUUUUCUAGUCUACAUUUGCUACUCUGUCUUAAUUAUUCUGAUUGUAGCACUUUUGAGGCAGGUAUUCGGUGAUGUUCUCAACGUAUUCCCCGCUAUCAUAAAGCGCUUUCCACAGUAUGACCCAGAAUUGCUGAAAAACUAUCUCUCUGUAAUGAGCCUGCCACUUCAGGGUCUAGGCUUGGGAAUCUGUACCUUUAUUAGCACAGAAAAUAGAUACUUCUUACCCGGCAUAAUCGCGUUUUCGUCUGUGCUGUGCAGCCUCUUCUUCCAGCUCCUCUUUCUGCUCUCCAGGACCAACAUUAUCACGCACAUCCAAGGUUCUCCUAGUAACGUUGUUUUGCUGCUCGAGGGCGUCCCUCAGAUUGUAUUUGGAAUCGCUAGUGUGGUAGCAAUUGUCUAUGUGAUCUCUGUUGGCCGCGCACCCCAGCUCAGAAAGUAUAAUAUCUUUCUUCAUUUUCGCUAUAUCCACCGUGUAGAUUUUAGCAUGAUAGCCAAGAUGGCCAGGAACAUGGUCGCUUUAACUCUUCAGCACUCUAUCCAGCCAUUACUACUUCUCUCUAUUCAGUACAGAGUGGCUAGGACGUCUAAUCCAUUCGAGUAUUACUGCAUGCAGAUGCUUUGUGUGGUCAUGUACUAUCUUUUGACGCGAUGCUCUGACACUAUGGUGAUGUCCUCCAGUGAAGCUUAUGCGAUUGUCAGGGGAGUGUAUGAGCAGGCAGGAAUAGCUGAAAAGUCUUGGCUGCUAAAGCUUCUUUUCCUGGGGACGGCGUUGGCGUCAUCAUCACUGGUCUUGAUAUUCUUUCAAGCCUACCGAGAAAAAAUCCUCACACUAAGCAUACCGCUUGCUUUCCGUAUGCAUUCCAAUUUGUUUUCCAUGUACUUCUCCAACUACAACGCAAGAUACGCGACAGCAAUUUGGACCUGCCUCAUUCACAUAAUCACCAGCAUAUUUGUUACAUAUUUUAACGUGAGCGUUUUGUUUGAGGAGUCUCUACUGUAUAGCCUCUCGAUGAUUGUGUAUAAAUAUACUCUACUGGUUAUUACGGUCUGCGUCACUCUGCAGCACAUAGCCGGUGACUCGGCGCUGCCAUUUAUUUUUCUAAUUAUCAACGUGCUUACUCUCCCUCUCUACAUACUAAGGUCGUUCGUUAGUUACAAUCGCAUGGCUCGUAAAUCAAAGCAGACUAUUGAAAAAGAAAAAGCUGUUUGUACAGCCAUUUUCUAUGAUGUGCUGAAGAGUUAA